AUGUCCGAAAAGAGCAUUCCAAGGUUUCCCUCCCAUGACCAGCUCGGCGAAGCGAGCGGGACUAUCCCGAUCCGGGCCCGAGCAUUGAGACUUCCCAGAGACAGGAACAAUUGUCUCUACUACCCUCGGAUGCUACUCGAUUCAAGCGGUACAAUAGCGCAAAAAUCACCUUGGAGAUCAUGCUCUGUGCCCACAGCGAAUCUAAAGCCUAAGUCGUCAGAUCGCCGGAUCGGUGCUAUGGUGUAUACCGUGCACAGAACACGGCGGCCAAGGUUGGAUGAUGUACAGAGUACCAACUCUACGCGUCAUACACCUGCAAAGGUUGCCGGAAAGAUCCAGUCGGAAAAUGCAUAUAUAACUUCGUACCAGUGUCGAUGCAAGAUGUCAACUUGA